AGUGAGCAGUAAGUCCUUGUGGGUAGUGGUGGCCAAUAAGAGAAUGGACUCAAAAGACAUAGUGAGUGGAAGACUGAGCGCAGUCCUCGUACAAUAGAAGAUGUCUGAUGUUUGACAAGUAUUGUUUGCAGAAAUGAGUACAUGUUCGACUGAUUUUAAAAUGUGACUGUUACUAGACCAUAAUAUUUCUUUUUUAAAAAAUUUUUAUUAGAUAUAUUUCUUUACUUACUUUUCCAAUGUUUUUCCCCUUCCUGGUUUCCGGUCCAUGAGCCCCCAUCCCUUCCCCCUCACCCUCUCCCAUAUCGGUUUUCCUGGGCUGGAGAGAUGGCUCAGUGGUUAAGAGCACUGACUGAAAGAACCAAAAAAAAAAAAAAAACCAAAAAAAAAGGAGCACUGAUUGCUCUUCCAGAGGUCUUGAUGAAUCCAAUUCACAGCAACCACAUGUUGACUGACGACCAUCUAUAAUGAGAUAUGAUGAUCUCUCCUGGUGUGUCUGAUGAUAGCUACUGUAUACUUAUAUAUAAUAAGUACUUCUUAGUAAGUCCAGACAUUUCUAUAAUCCAUGAAUCUCCUAAGUGACUUUACCCUCAGGAAAAUGCAUGCAAUUUUUAUCUACCUUUGGACACUGCUAUUUUAGGAUCCUGUAUGAGAGCAUCUCCUUGGUUUCUCUAUUUCAUGUGUAUUUACACUAAGGAGAAAUUGUGGCUAUGUAGCAGUUUGUAAUAUGUUCAUCAAGUUUGUCUUAUGAGAAUAGAGCAUUUUCUAUUUGAUUCUAUGAGGGUAUGUUGAAAGCUCUUCAUCUAGAAAAACAACAAGUGUUUUUCCCAAUUAUCCAGCAUUUUUAGAUGCAGGGAGUCAAUUACUGUAUAUUUCCAUUUAAGUUCUUCUUUAUGGAUUUUAAAAUAAUAUAAACUUAUAUUCUUUGUGCCACAUUCAAACAGUUAAAAUAUUGUAGUGCUUUACUUAGAUAUUUCCAUAUCCAGUCUGAGGCUGCUUUAUCACUGUGAGCUGCUCCAGGUUAAGAAACCUGUUUCUAUAUAACCUAUAGCCCUAUAGUGAGGGGCUGUGUGAAUGAAGAGUGGCAAUUUAAUGAUUUUUGAAUGUGACUCAGUGGACAAUUGUGUUUCUAUAAAGCAGUUUCACCGGUUCUAUGGUAUGGACAGUGCUAGCAAUUAAAUUGCCAUUUAUUUGUAAAUGAAAACUGUGCAUUUUGUGAUUCCCCACAAUGGAAGAGGAAGACUGUUAGAAGGGGCCUCAUUAAUAUUAAUAAUCAUCUUAAACUAGAAGCAGAAUAAUUGACUGAUAAUGAAUUAAGCUUAGUCUCAACAAGAACAAGGUCAAGUUUGUCAGUUAAUGAUUUUCUCUUAAUCUAGGCUAGCAUAAAUAUUUUAACUUCUUGAUGGUAUCCUAUUAAGUUGUAAAUAGGCAUAUAAGAAGAUAUUUUAUAUUUAAUAAUUUUGAUUUUCAUGUGUCAAUAUCCUGUAAUUCCUAAAGAACAUUGUUGAUGUGAAAGCAUGCAUCCUAAAAGAAUAGAGUUAAUUUCAAGACCAAAUAAAAAGUAAACUCUCUUCUCUGCAUUGCAGGGAGAAUCGGGAAGAAAAUUCCAUAUAAUACCUAAGAAGAUCCAAAAUAUUUUUAGAAAAUCUGGAGUUUAUGUGUCUUCUCGGGUAGACCCAAUUCUUGAAGUAUGGGGAGAAAAUACAUCUGCAACAGUAAUCCCCACUGAUGAUGAAAAAUAUAAAACAGAUAAUUUCUAUGCGGUGUCUUCUGAGCAUAGAAAUUCUAUUCCUAAGGCUACUGCUGAUCGUGAAGCUUCCACCUCUACUGCUGACAGCCUGGAUGCUGCCGAGCCUGACCCAACAAAUUCUACAAAUGCUACUGACUGUCUGGCUGCUCUUGAGCGUGAGCUGACUAAUUCCAACAACACUGCUGACUGUCUGGCUGACCUUGAGCCUGAUCCGACGAUUUCUACCAAUGCCGCUGACUUUCAGGCUGCUGUUGCACCAGAGCCAACUAUGUCCACCCACCCUGCUGACUGUCUGCCUGAUGUGGAACCAGAGCCAACUAUGUCCACCCACCCUGCUGACACUCUGGCUGCUCUUGAGCCUGAGCUGACUACUUUCAACAACACUGCUGACUGUCUGGCUGACCUUGAGCCUGAGCCAAACAUGUCCACCCACCCUGCUGACAGUCUGCCUGAUGUGGAACCAGAGCCAACUAUGUCCAAUCACCCUGCAGACACUCUGGCUGCUCUUGAGCCUGAACUGACUAAUUCCAACAACACUGCUGACUGUCUGGCUGACCUUGAGCCUGAUCCGACGAUUUCUACCAAUGCCGCUGACUUUCAGGCUGCUGUUGCACCAGAGCCAACUAUGUCCACCCACCCUGCUGACUGUCUGCCUGAUGUGGAACCAGAGCCAACUAUGUCCACCCACCCUGCUGACACUCUGGCUGCUCUUGAGCCUGAGCUGACUACUUUCAACAACACUGCUGACUGUCUGGCUGACCUUGAGCCUGAGCCAAACAUGUCCACCCACCCUGCUGACAGUCUGCCUGAUGUGGAACCAGAGCCAACUAUGUCCACCCACCCUGCUGACACUCUGGCUGCUCUUGAGCCUGAGCUGACCAAUUUCAACAACACUGCUGACUGUCUGGCUGACCUUGAGCCUGAUCCGACUAUUUCUACCAAUGCCGCUGACUUUCAGGCUGCUGUUGCACCAGAGCCAACUAUGUCCACCUACCCUGCUGACUGUCUGCCAGAUGUGGAACCAGAGCCAACUAUGUCCACCCACCCUGCUGACACUCUGGCUGCUCUUGAGCCUGAGCUGACUAAUUCCAACAACACUGCUGACUGUCUGGCUGACCUUGAGCCUGAUCCGACGAUUUCUACCAAUGCCGCUGACUUUCAGGCUGCUGUUGCACCAGAGCCUGCUAUGUCCACCUACCCUGCUGACUGUCUGCCAGAUGUGGAACCAGAGCCAACUAUGUCCACCCACCCUGCUGACACUCUGGCUGCUCUUGAGCCUGAGCUGACUAAUUCCAACAACACUGCUGACUGUCUGGCUGACCUUGAGCCUGAUCCGACGAUUUCUACCAAUGCCGCUGACUUUCAGGCUGCUGUUGCACCAGAGCCUGCUAUGUCCACCAACCCUGCUGACAGUAUGGCAGCUGUUGAGCCUGAGCCGACUAUGUCCACCCACCCUGCUGACAUUCUGACUGCUGAUGAGCCUGAACAUAAUAAUUCUACCAAAGCUGCUGACUGUCUGGCUGACCUUGAGCCUGAGCCAAACAUGUCCACCCACCCUGCUGACAGUCUGCCUGAUGUGGAACCAGAGCCAACUAUGUCCACCCACCCUGCUGACACUCUGGCUGCUCUUGAGCGUGAGCUGACCAAUUUCAACAACACUGCUGACUGUCUGGCUGACCUUGAGCCUGAUCCGACUAUUUCUACCAAUGCCGCUGACUUUCAGGCUGCUGUUGCACCAGAGCCAACUAUGUCCACCCACCCUGCUGACUGUCUGCCUGAUGUGGAACCAGAGCCAACUAUGUCCACCCACCCUGCUGACACUCUGGCUGCUCUUGAGCCUGAGCUGACUAAUUCCAACAACACUGCUGACUGUCUGGCUGACCUUGAGCCUGAUCCGACUAUUUCUACCAAUGCCGCUGACUGUCGGGCUGCUGUUGCACCAGAGCCCGCUAUGUCCACCAACCCUGCUGACAGUAUGGCAGCUGUUGAGCCUGAGCCGACUAUGUCCACCCACCCUGCUGACAUUCUGACUGCUGACGAGCCUGAAAAUAAUACUUCUACCAAAGCUGCUGACUGUCGGGCUGACCUUGAGCCUGAGCCAAACAUGUCCACCCACCCUGCUGACAGUCUGCCUGAUGUGGAACCAGAGCCAACUAUGUCCACCCACCCUGCUGACACUCUGGCUGCUCUUGAGCCUGAGCUGACCAAUUUCAACAACACUGCUGACUGUCUGGCUGACCUUGAGCCUGAUCCGACUAUUUCUACCAAUGCCGCUGACUUUCAGGCUGCUGUUGCACCAGAGCCAACUAUGUCCACCUACCCUGCUGACUGUCUGCCAGAUGUGGAACCAGAGCCAACUAUGUCCACCCACCCUGCUGACACUCUGGCUGCUCUUGAGCCUGAGCUGACUAAUUUCAACAACACUGCUGACUGUCUGGCUGACCUUGAGCCUGAUCCGACUAUUUCUACCAAUGCUGCUGACUGUCGGGCUGCUGUUGCACCAGAGCCCGCUAUGUCCACCAACCCUGCUGACAGUAUGGCAGCUGUUGAGCCUGAGCCGACUAUGUCCACCCACCCUGCUGACAUUCUGACUGCUGACGAGCCUGCACAUAAUACUUCUACCAAAGGUGCUGACUGUCUGGCUGACCUUGAGCCUGAGCCAAACAUGUCCACCCACCCUGCUGACAGUCUGCCUGAUGUGGAACCAGAGCCAACUAUGUCCAAUCACCCUGCUGACACACUGGCUGCUCUUGAGCCUGAGUCGACUAAAUCCUCCAAUGCUGCUGACUGUCUGGCCUAUGUUGAGCCAGAGCCAGCUAUGUCCACCCACCAUGCCGACAGUCUGGCUGCUCUUGAGCAUGAGCUGUCUCAUGCCAACAAAGAUGCUGACUGUCUGGCUUCUCUCAAGGCUGAGCUGAUUAAUUCCACCAAUGCUACUGAUUGUCUGGCUUCUGUUGGGACUGAGACAACCAUGUCCACCCAGCCUACUGAUAAUUUGGCAGCUGUUGAGCCUGAACAUAAUUCCACCAAUACUGCUGACGGUAAGGACUCUGUUGAACAAGAGCCAUCUAAGCCCACCUACCGUGCCGACAGCCUGGCUGCUCUUGAGCAUGAGCUGACUAAUUCCAACAACACUGCUGACUGUCUGGCUUCUCAGAAGGCUGAGUCAAUUGAUUCUACCAAUGCUACUGAUUGUUUGGCUUCUGUUGGGACUGAGACAACUAUGUCCACCCACCCGGCUGACAAUAUGGCUACUGAUGAGCUUGAGGCUACACAUUCCACCAAUGCUGCUUACUUUCUGGCGGCUCUUGAGCCCCAGUCGACUAAUUCCUCCAAUGCUGCUGAUAUUCUGGCUUCGGUUGGGUCUGAGACAACCAUGUCUACCCACCUUGCUGAUAUUCCUAUUGCUCAUGAGCCUGACUAUAAUGAUUCUACCAAUGCUGCUGACAGUCUGGACUCCGUUGAGCCAGAGCCAGCUAUGUCCACCCACCGUGCCGACAGUCUGGCUGCUCUUGAGCAUGAGCUGUCUCAUGCCAACAAAGCUGCUGACUGUCUGGCUUCUCUCAAGGCUGAGCCAACCAUGUCCACCCAGCCUGCUGACAGUUCGGCAGCUGUUGAGCCUGAGCCUACAAUUUCCACCAGAGCUGCUGAUUUUCUGGCUACUGUUCUGCCAGAGCUAACUAGGUCAAACCACCCUGCUGACUGUCUGGACUCUGUUCAGCCUGAGUCAUCUAUGUCCACACACCCUGCUGAUAAUAUGGCUACUGAUGAGCUUGAGCCUACAAAUUUGACCAACGCUGCUUACUGUCUGGCUGCUCUUGAGCCUGAGUCGACUAAAUCCUCCAAUGCUGCUGACUGUCUGGCCUAUGUUGAGCCAGAGCCAGGUAUGUCCACCCACCGUGCCGACAGUCUGGCUUCUCUUGAGCAUGAGCUGUCUCAUGCCAACAAAGAUGCUGACUGCCUGCCUUCUCUCAAGACUGAGCUGAUUAAUUCCAUCAAUGCUACUGAUUGUCUGGCUUCUUUUGGGACUGAGACAACCAUGUCCACCCAGCCUACUGACAGUGUGGCAGCUGUUGAGCCUGAACAUAAUAGUUCCACCAAUGCUGCUGAUGGUCUGGGCUCUGUUGAACAAGAGCCAGCUAAUCCCACCCACCGUUCCAACAGUCUGGCUGCUCUUGAGCAUGAGCUGACUAAUUCCAACAACACUGCUGACUGUCUGGCUUCUCAGAAGGCUGAGUCAAUUGAUUCUACCAAUGCUACUGAUUGUUUGGCUUCUGUUGGGACUGAGACAACUAUGUCCACCCACCCUGCUGACAAUAUGGCUAUGGAUGAGCUUGAGCCUACACAUUCCACCAAUGCUGCUUACUUUCUGGCCGCUCUUGAGCCCCAGUCGACUAAUUCCUCCAAUACUGCUGAUAUUCUGGCUUCUGUUGAGUCUGAGACAACCAUGUCUACCCACCUUGCUGAUAUUCCUAUUGCUCAUGAGCCUGACUAUAAUGAUUCUACCAAUGCUGCUGACAGUCUGGACUCCGUUGAGCCAGAGCCAGCUAUGUCCACCCACCAUGCCGACAGUCUGGCUGCUUUUGAGCAUGAGCUGUCUCAUGCCAACAAAGCUGCUGACUGUCUGGCUUCUCUCAAGGCUGAGCCAACCAUGUCCACCCAGCCUGCUGACAGUUCGGCAGCUGUUGAGCCUGAGCCUACAAUUUCCACCAGAGCUGCUGAUUUUCUGGCUACUGUUCUGCCAGAGCUAACUAGGUCAAACCACCCUGCUGACUGUCUGGACUCUGUUCAGCCUGAGUCAUCUAUGUCCACACACCCUGCUGAUAAUAUGGCUACUGAUGAGCUUGAGCCUACAAAUUCGACCAACGCUGCUUACUGUCUGGCUGCUCUUGAGCCUGAGUCGACUAAAUCCUCCAAUGCUGCUGACUGUCUGGCCUAUGUUGAGCCAGAGCCAGGUAUGUCCACCCACCGUGCCGACAGUCUGGCUGCUCUUGAGCAUGAGCUGUCUCAUGCCAACAAAGAUGCUGACUGCCUGCCUUCUCUCAAGACUGAGCUGAUUAAUUCCAUCAAUGCUACUGAUUGUCUGGCUUCUUUUGGGACUGAGACAACCAUGUCCACCCAGCCUACUGACAGUGUGGCAGCUGUUGAGCCUGAACAUAAUAGUUCCACCAAUGCUGCUGAUGGUCUGGGCUCUGUUGAACAAGAGCCAGCUAAUCCCACCCACCGUUCCAACAGUCUGGCUGCUCUUGAGCAUGAGCUGACUAAUUCCAACAACACUGCUGACUGUCUGGCUUCUCAGAAGGCUGAGUCAAUUGAUUCUACCAAUGCUACUGAUUGUUUGGCUUCUGUUGGGACUGAGACAACUAUGUCCACCCACCCUGCUGACAAUAUGGCUAUGGAUGAGCUUGAGCCUACACAUUCCACCAAUGCUGCUUACUUUCUGGCCGCUCUUGAGCCCCAGUCGACUAAUUCCUCCAAUACUGCUGAUAUUCUGGCUUCUGUUGGGUCUGAGACAACCAUGUCUACCCACCUUGCUGAUAUUCCUAUUGCUCAUGAGCCUGACUAUAAUGAUUCUACCAAUGCUGCUGACAGUCUGGACUCCGUUGAGCCAGAGCCAGCUAUGUCCACCCACCAUGCCGACAGUCUGGCUGCUCUUGAGCAUGAGCUGUCUCAUGCCAACAAAGCUGCUGACUGUCUGGCUUCUCUCAAGGCUGAGCCAACCAUGUCCACCCAGCCUGCUGACAGUUCGGCAGCUGUUGAGCCUGAGCCUACAAUUUCCACCAGAGCUGCUGAUUUUCUGGCUACUGUUCUGCCAGAGCUAACUAGGUCAAACCACCCUGCUGACUGUCUGGACUCUGUUCAGCCUGAGUCAUCUAUGUCCACACACCCUGCUGAUAAUAUGGCUACUGAUGAGCUUGAGCCUACAAAUUCGACCAACGCUGCUUACUGUCUGGCUGCUCUUGAGCCUAAGUCGACUAAAUCCUCCAAUUCUGCUGACUGUCUGGCCUAUGUUGAGCCAGAGCCAGGUAUGUCCACCCACCGUGCCGACAGUCUGGCUGCUCUUGAGCAUGAGCUGUCUCAUGUCAACAAAGAUGCUGACUGUCUGGCUUCUCUCAAGGCUGAGCUGAUUAAUUCCAUCAAUGCUACUGAUUGUCUGGCUUCUGUUGGGACUGAGACAACCAUGUCCACCCAGCCUACUGACAGUUUGGCAGCUGUUGAGCCUGAACAUAAUUCCACCAAUGCUGCUGACGGUCUGGACUCUGUUGAACAAGAGCCAGCUAAGCCCACCCACCGUUCCGACAGUCUGGCUGCUCUUGAGCAUGAGCUGACUAAUUCCAACAACACUGCUGACUGUCUGGCUUCUCAGAAGGCUGAGUCAAUUGAUUCUACCAAUGCUACUGAUUGUUUGGCUUCUGUUGGGACUGAGACAACUAUGUCCACCCACCCUGCUGACAAUAUGGCUACUGAUGAGCUUGAGCCUACACAUUCCACCAAUGCUGCUUACUGUCUGGCUGCUCUUGAGCCUGAGUCGACUAAAUCCUCCAGUGCUGCUGACUGCCUGGCCUAUGUUGAGCCAGAGCCAGCUAUGUCCACCCACCGUGCCGACAGUCUGGCUGCUCUUGAGCAUGAGCUGUCUCAUGCCAACAAAGAUGCUGGCUGUCUGGCUUCUCUCAAGGCUGAGCUGAUUAAUUCCACCAAUGCUACUGAUUGUCUGGCUUCUGUUGGGACUGAGACAACCAUGUCCACCCAGCCUGCUGACAGUUUGGCAGCUGUUGAGCCUGAACAUAAUAAUUCUACCAAUGCUGCUGACGGUCUGGACUCUAUUGAACAAGAGCCAGCUAUGCCCACCCCCCGUUCCGACAGUCUGGCUGCUCUUGAGCAUGAGCUGUCUCAUGCCAAUAAAGCUGCUGACUGUCUGGCUUCUCUCAAGGCUGAGCCAACCAUGUCCACCCAGCCUGCUGACACUUUGGCAUCUGUUGAGCCUGAGCCUACUUUUUCCACCAAAGCUGCUGAUUGUCUGGCUACUGUUCAGCCUGAGCUAACUAGGUCAAACCACCCUGCUGACUGUCUGGAUUCUGUUCAGCCUGAGUCAUCUAUGUCCCCACACCCUGCUGACAGUUUGGUAGCUAUUGAGCCUGAACUGACUAAUUCCACCAAAGCUGCUGACUGUCUGGACUCUGCUGAGCCAGAGCCAACUAUGGCCACCCACCAUGCUGACAUUCUGACUGCUGUUGAGCCUGAACAUACUAAUUGCUCCAGUACUGCUGACUGUCUGCCUGCUGUUCAGCCUGAGUCCAGUAUGUCCACCCACCCUGCUGACAGUAUGGCUGCUAUUGAUGCUGGGCCUACAGAUCCUGCCAUUGUUGCUGACUGUCUGGCUGCUCUUGAACCUCGGCUGUCUGUUACAUGUGCUGCUGACAGUAGUGUGUUAGUUGAGAGUCAUGACUCAGGACCAGCUAGUCACAUUGGAUUGGAUUAUGUAGUUGAUUUACCUCUUUACAAGGAGAGUACAAGGUACAAACCCCAUGCUGACCCAGAGCCCACUCCUGGUUCCUGCACUUGUUAUUCCCUUGACUCCAUUCAAAUGACUAACCUGACUCUUUUGAUAUCCCUUAGUGAAGAAGAAAUAUUUGAUUCUGCUACUUCAGAUGAGGAAUCUUCUUUUACUCCUGACGUAGAAGAAGGUCUGCCUGCUACUCAGGGUGCUGAGGAUAUUUUUCAUGCUUCCGCACGAGCUGAACCAAUAAACCACAGCUUGAUCCUUCUCAGGGAGAGUGGAUAUCUUCGGGCAACAGAGAUACCACGCAUACCUUUUUUGCUCUUCAUAUGGCUUAUAUCCUCACUCUUAUCCAUCAUAACAUGGAUGAAAAUCCAAAUUCAACAAGCAUGGCAUGAAGAAAAUGGCCAAGGAGCUCCCACUAAGAAGAGAGUCGGACCAGGUAAGUUAAACUAAAAUAGUAGCUUAAAAUAGAUUAAGAUUGUUUUACUAGAAACCUAGGUCUCUUUUGUUAAUAAAUUUCAUACUUCUAUAGGGCUAUUUACGCAUAACCUAGAACCUGAAAACUUUAUUUUUUCUCAAUUUAUAGAAAAUAAUUUUCAUAAUGUAACAAAUCCAGUUUAGAGAAAUACAACUGACCAGGUAAUAUUUUUUCCUACUUGGAUGUUUCCUAUUCUAGAAUGAGGAGAUUAUUGUCACUUCCAGUGAAAACAUGUGUUUCCUGAAUGACUAAGCCGGGAAAACUUCCUGUUAAAUGUUAUUGUCUAUUUAUCGCUGUCAUUCUGAACUCUGACUUCUGAAGUUAGCAUAGCCUUUGACCGCAACAUUCCAAAAGAAGCAACUUCUGAGAUUAAAAAUAACAAGAGAAGCAUCCACCUUCUCACUGUUUCUCUCUACAUUGAUAUGUCUACAUUGAUAUCUACAUGAUAAUGACACUGAUGUUGUUGAUGCUGGGCAUGACAAUAUCACCAGAGAUGUGCCUGAUGAUACUGUUAAUAAUUCUUCUUUUUCUUCUAGUGGCUGCGGCUCCUGAUCCCUAGACCCUUGAUGCUCCUCCAGGAUCGAUUGGAAUAUCAAAACACAGUCUGUGUGGGAGAAUUGAUCAUAUAUAUAAAUUUUAAAAUAAAAUGUUCAGUCUGAUUGUAGACUGAAGUAA